AUGACCCCGGAGGAGGAAGGCUCCCGGGCAGGGCCCCCGGAGCGGGUGCGUAUCCGGGUGGAGGAGCAGUCGUUCUGUGUGGAGAAGACCCUGCUGGUGGAGAGCAGUGAGUACUUCCGUGCCCUUUUCCGCUCGGGCAUGAGGGAGAGCAUGCAGGAGGAGAUCGGGCUGGGGGAGCUGAGCGCGGCCGGGUUCCUCGCCAUGCUGCGGGUGCUGGAGGGUGAGAGGCCCAUCCUUGGCAGUGAGGAGACCCUCCAGGCAGUGGAGUGUGCUGCCUUCCUGCAGGUAAAGCCCUUGGCCAAGUACCUGAUCCACUCCAUCAACUCCGACAACUGCAUCCUGCUGUACCAAGCUGCUGCCAUGUUCGGCCUCCUGGAUCUCUUCCACUGCGCCGCUCUCUAUAUCAGGGACAGCUACGCCGAGCUGGAGGAGUACCUGGACUGCCUCUCUGAUGACCUGCUGGCCUAUGUGGAAGCCCUCUUGCCCAGCACCUUUGUGGCAGUGGGAGCCCACACACCCACCUUCGAGUUCUUGGAGGACCUGUCCAGGACCAUCUGUUACCUGGACGAGGAGACCAACACGUGGAGGACCCUCUCCUGCCUUCCGCUGAGUGCCAGCACAUUCCUAGCCGGCAUGGCAACCAUGGAUAAUAAGAUCUACAUCGUGGGAGGCGUCUACGGGGCCAACAAGCAGGUGGUGGAGAGCAGCUUCUGCUAUGACGCUGACGCCAACGUCUGGAGUGAGUUCCCCAGCCCUCACCAGCUGCGCUACGACGUCAGGCUGGUGGGCCACGAGGGCUUCCUCUACGCCAUUGGGGGGGAGUACGAGAAGAUCUCACUCAAGUCCGUGGAGAGGUACGACGUGGCCUCCAGCACUUGGACGUUUGUCUCCGACCUGCCGCAGCCCAGCACGGCGGCGCCCUGUGCCCAAGCCCUCGGGCAGAUCUUUGUUUGCCUGUGGCAGCCACUGGACACCACCGUCAUCUACGAGUACGAGACCCAGCGGGACGAGUGGCUUCCCGUCACCGAGCUCAAGCGGCACCAGAGCUACGGGCACUGCAUGGUGGCCCACCGUGACAACCUCUAUGUCAUGCGCAACGGCCCCUAUGACGACUUCUUGCGCUGUGUCAUCGACUGCUUCAACCUGACGUCGCGGCAGUGGACGGCCCUGCCUGGGCAGUUCCUGAACAGCAAGGGAGCCCUGUUCACUGCUGUUGUCAGGGGGGACACCAUCUACACUGUCAACAAGAUGCUGACACUCCUCUACUCCGUGGAAGAGGAGACCUGGAAGCAGAAGAAGGAGCGAGCAGGUUUCCCGCGCAGUGGCUCCCUGCAGACCUUCCUCCUGCGGCUGCCGAGACGUGACCAUGACAUCGCGACGUAGGUGGUCCCCCAUCCCAUGUCAGAAUGCUCUCCUUGCACAUGGCUCUGCACUUGCUGCUCCCCUGGGCUCCUCUCCUCCUCCGUGAAGUUGUGCUCAGGUCCAGGGAUGCCUCAUGUUGGACCCUGGAGGUGACACUAGACCCUGCCAGAGGGGAAGGGACUGCAGGCAGUUGCUGCUGUGCCUGCCUGCCCUGCACGAGUGCAAAGUCCUGCCAGACGUGGGCUCAUGAGCCAACUGUGUGCACAGCUUCAUGGCUUCUGCAGAGAACAGGUACCAGAGAGGUGCAAACAGGGGGGUUAUUUAUUCUGACUACACUCUGAGGGUGUGCAGGACUCCACCUCCUCUCUUCCCUGAUGGGGAAUCAUUCAUUAUAUCUCAGAAU